CCAAGGCUUCACACCAUUGAUUGCAUGCUGCUAUCCAAGCCCACCGGACUGUCCUCCUCCUUCUCGUCCCCUUGUUGUCUGUUUUUUUUUUCUGCUCUAGGCCGCUGCCCUGCAUGUUGCUCUUGUCGGUUCCGAGACUUGCUGGCUGUCCAGUUCGACCUUCUUUUCGGUCGGGGUUGAAGAUUUGCCUCUACAAGGGCCAUUUAAUUGACAUUUGCAGUUCAAAUUUGUCCUUCGAGGGUGCAAAGCCCAACCGGAUCCAACGCAUGGAUUUUCGCCCACCAUGGCUAGCCAUUACAACACGCCCGACCACAGUGGACUUCAAGUAGUCUCACAAGAUCAUGACGGUCUACAAGCAGUCAACGAUGAUGGAAUCGAAGUGGAUCAUAGAACAACAACAAACCCUUGGGAUCACCCCUCCGACAAGAAUGGGACAGACACACCGGUGGCGCCACCAAUGCGUCAAGAUAUCAUCUGCGGGCUACGCAAACGGGCUUUUUAUAUUGUCGUCGUCGUUAUAGGCCUCAUCGUGAUUGCAGCUGCAGUAGGAGGAGGUGUAGGGGGUUCCAUCGCAGCCAGAAAUGCUUCCCAGUCGCAGGAGCAGCAGCAGCAGCCCUCAACCCCAACCCCAGCCCCAACCAACCGUCCAAAAACAAGCCCUGUGCUCCAAGAAUCAGCCUUGGCGGCACUAAACUGGCAAGACGCCUCCAAUGACACCCACUACCAGGUGUACUUUCAGUCAAGAGAUGGGGCCAUCAUGGAGUCGGCUUGGAACUCCACGAGCAACCGGUGGACUGUGUCACGGAUCACCGACCCUGGUGCCGACAUCAAGUCCGGUACCCCUCUGACAGCCAGCGCGGGCUUCCCGCACGUCAACACGACCUGGGACGUGGUCAAGAACGUCUACUUUUCUGGCAGCGCCGGCAUUAUCGAGAGGCAAAGCCCUUUCAAAGAGGCUCGGGGCGUUUGGGGCAACGACAACCUCAGCGGUCAGUACACCUCGUCGAAUCGGUCCUUGAUCCUGGCCUUCUGGGACCAAAAUUUCAACAAUCGGUCCCAGAACCUGAUCCUUCUGUACCAGACCCUCGGCGCCAACAGUCUCUCGAUCAGCAAAUACUUUAGCGACCGAACUAGCGAUCUACCUUGGGCGACACAGCAGUUGAGCUUGUCCAUCCUUGACGGCUCGCCCUUGGCCCUGGUUCGAAUCGGCAACCCGAACACCAGGUCCGAUACCCGUCUGUAUCUGGCCGAUUCCAACGAAAACUUGAUGCAAUGCCAGUUUGACUUUCAGACUGGGAACUUGGGUAGACUGUCACCAACAGCCUUCAAGCUCCAUGCACAAAGCCCACUUGUCGUCGUACCACGCGACAACACCGGCUUCUAUAGCCGCGACACUUUACCCGAGUGUGCCCGCGCCGCGCCCUAUACACAUCUCAUUCUGUUUGCCUCGACCGACCGCUCCUCUCUUUCGCUCGUUUCGUGGAACUGCUCCGGCGGCUUCGUUGACCAGACCUCCAAGAUUAAUCCCCUAAUGGUUGUUCCCAACCGACCAGGCAGGAAGUAUCUGGGUCUGGCGGCGCCGCAGCCAGACGGUCUUGCCAAUAGCACGCCGUCAUCAGGGAGGGUGUACGUCCUGUUUGACGCCGGCGACGGGCCCGAGGUCGAAGAAUGGCAGGCUCCUCGUGGGGGAACUGAUGCUGCGUGGGAGGUUAUCGGGUCGGUGCCUGUUAGAUGAAUCAAGGUCUACUGCAUUUUACGCACUUAUAUCUGCGUGCUUUGAACUUAUUAUAUCCAUUAUUCGAUACCAAUUCCAUAGUCUGCUGUUGUUCUCAUUCUCUGACCAGUUCCUGGAAUCGUCCAAGCCAGCUGCCACCUUCGAACUCGUAAACAUUGGUUGGGUGAUAGACAAUGUGACUUAGAAUCACUGCCAAAUAACAACCUCGACGGACUAGCCAUAAGAAUGCAAGAAUUUCCUAGCCGUGGUCACUUCGCCUCACAUCGGCAGGCCACCGCCCAAGACACUCCAUCCGUCCGGGGGUCUCUUCAGUGGGGCGGAUGAAAGCUAAUCACAGCGAUGUGUUAAUGUUUUACGUCACAGUUGAGCCCCGAGCGGUAAUCAAGAUGCCUGGGGAGACAUGAAGCGGCAAAUACAGGCCAUCUGGCCGCCACCAACCCUGUUUACUCUCUCUCCACUCUACGUCGGACUUAUACGACAGAAACCAUUAAGGCAUGCCCUAAUCAAGCACCAUUCCGUUGUUAAACGAUUGUUUGUCACAUUAAAAGACCUGUUUACUCUGCAGAGCUCACUCGGAAUAGCGCCAACGACAACGCAUCCGUCAACAUAUCCCCUUUUGGUCGCCGGUGAACAGUCAACAUCCUACCCAGGCCAACAUCACCAGCCGGUGGAGGUCCCGGCGAAGGAGACCUUGACCUAAUGCUGAUGCCAUCAUCCGGCAAUCCCAAGAGGGUUUCACCAGUGGGCGUCUGCAAAAGCCUCGACUGCCUGUACCACGACUCGGCAUCGUCGAUGGUGUACUCAUCACCCGGCGGCGAUUGACCUGCCGGCGUGUCGAAAAGCUGCACGCUCCUCCUGGCGUUGCUGCGACGGAGCGUCCCUAUCCCGCCUAGCCCACCGCGAUCUGGCACGUUGAGAGGCGGAGACAUGGGCGGCGUGGGUAUGUGCGAGUUUGGUCGCGAGAACAGGGUGGACGGCGGGCGGGAGCUGGCCUGGCGAGGGGCCUCGAAGCGCGCCGCCUUGGCUUCGGUACUUUCUGGACGUGAGGAUCUUUCCUUCUUCUUCUCAUCCCGCAACAUGUUCCAGAGCGACGCCAGCCACCGCUGCUUCUCUUCCGGCUGCAUCGACCGUACGGGAAGCACCUCGGCACCUCCCAUUUCUCUCGUCGGCCAGGGAAAGCUGACUGCCAUUUCGCGUAGAGUCAGCGAGUUGAGCCCCCGCAAAACAAUACGGAGUUGUGGUUCCACGUUGGCGACUGGAGGAAAGGCCCAAUCGGGUCUCUGUUCAAGACGCUCGGCAAUCUGCGCCAUGGCGCCAACCAGCCACUCGACGGCGACCUCAUCUGGGACCGAGUUUGCCUUGUCCAACAACCAGCCAAGCAUCUCUGGGGAACCAGACUGGUUGAGAAUUGGGAUGGACCGCUUGUCGUGCUCACGGUUCUGAAGCUUCAUGAUGAAAUCGUUGUACUGGCUCAUGGCGUCGAGCGGGAGGCCGAUGAACUUGCCAAUGUUGAGGGCGUGUACAAUCUCGUCACCGAGAGCAAUGCCGGAUUUGAUGCCACUGUUUAGGCCUCUGCCGGGCCAGAAAUGCACUGUCAUGGCCGCAUCACCAGCCACUGCUACCAGGGCAUGCGGGCGGUUGAUUGACUUUGUCUCUUCGGGAGGGAGGUACUGCACACCUUCUCUGACGGCCUGCACGACUAUGGGAAUUCGGACAACGUUGAUGACUUCACUUUCCUUGAAUCCAAAUAGCUUGAGACCAUCCUCGAUCGACUUCCAUAGAGGAGAUUCUCUGUCUUCGGACGGGGCAAAGACUUGCCCCUCUGUGAAGCCUUCGGGAAUGGAACCGUCCGCCGCUCGAAGACAACCCGGGUGUCCAAAAGUGACGGGCUCACCAUCGACAGCCAACAUCUUGUGCCAUUCCUCUUCAGUCAGCUGCAUGUUGAGAUAACCCCUGCCGUCGAAAUGUGAUGCGUUUAGCAGGUAUCUGGUCUGACCCAGGGUCAAAAAGACAUUAAGGGGUUGCGACCAGGGCAGACCAGCUGGCCGAUUGAAAGCCAGUCCUAGUGCAUAACUUCGACCACGUUCGUGCUCAUAGCCGUGAAAAUAUGUCUUGCGCACCCACGAAGCAGCACCAUCUGCCCCCAACAGAACGUGAAAGUCGCCCAGUCUCCCACUGUUGAGAUCGUCGCGCGUGACUCCCUGAGCAUGCAAGUGAAUCAACCCAGCAAACUCGUGAGACUGACAGCGCCUCAAGAAUCGGUCCUCGACCUUGCGGAUCUGUAUGUUGGCCGAACCGGGCCAGACCGCCUCGGGCCGUCCUUCAAAUAGUGCUUGCAAUGACCCGGGGCUGAGUAGCCGAGUCACCGACUCUUGCAACGUCACGACUUGGUCUCGCCGCUUGGCUGUGGGUGGAUAAUCGAUCCAGGGCCUGCCGUCGGGUGUCGUCGUCUCCACCCACCUCCUUUCCCAUAGGUGCACCUCGACCCGGCCGCGGCCUUUUUCGGCAAGGGAGAUGGCGGAUGCAAGGGCUGUCGGGCCACCACCGACAAUGGCGACUUUUAAUCGUGCAGCUGGGUAAUGGUAUCGUGAGCCGCCGACGGGAGUAGGUUGAACGUUCCUCUCCAAUACGGGGUCAAAGAAGAAAUCGAGUAGUGCGCGUGCCUGUGCCCGAUCGGCCGGGGAAACCACUUGCACGGCGCCGUGGACGUUGCCAGAAGCAAUCUUUACCACGCUGCCCUUGAUAAGAAUGAAGCGGACGGCCUGCAGCAAUGGCGUCGCUUUGAAAGAGUCGUGUCUAGUACCAAGGAAGCGUUGCUGAACUGCUUCUGCGAGAUCUGCAAUCGUCCUGUAUGCCUGGUCCGCUGCGAUGGCCCGCAACGAUACUGUCAAGGCUGGGUCGCCGCUCAUGUUGGCAAAACGGACCAAAAAGAUGCGAGUCCGCUCCAGGUCGGUCCGGUUAUCUAGACUACCGGUACCCCACGCCUCCUCGAAAACCUUGGGGAACACGAUGUCGUGCACACCCGGCUCGAGAUCUGGUGAUGAUGCAUUUUCGCUUGAUGCUGAUUUUGUUGCGGUUCCCGGGCUCGACUGUGCGGGUGAAACUGGCCGGUUCCGCGACGUGCGGAUGGCAAGGGAUGUGCGCAUUUUUGUUUUUGUGAAUGGGGUUGUACCAAGACGGACAGUGAUUUAACCGUGUUUUACUUGGUUGGUGGGUGAAAAGGGCCUCGUAGUGGAGAUCCAGCUCGGCAGUUUGGCGCUGGGUAAGGUAGGUAGGUAGGUACCUUAGGGAUGGUAUCAAGGGACGAUAAAUGGAAAGAUGGAAGAGAUGAGAAUACCGAGAUCUUGAUCUUUGGAUGCAAAAGGAAACCAGAAAUAACAA